CGUGCGUGCGUGCGUGGCGGCGGACAGGGCAGCAGCGGUGAGUGGCUGCGCCUUUUGCAUCCUCCUCGGAGAUCUCUGAAACACGCGCGCGCGCUGAGCACCUCCGCACACUUUUAACCCGCCUCUUUCACUCCCCGCAGCCAUACCUCCAUCCUCGCACCGCCCCUCCAACUAAAGGCAGCGCACGCAGCUCCUGCUCCACCACAGUCACGGAGGUAGGCGCCGUGUGUGAGGAACCGAGGCGCGUCUUUACGCUUGGAGUGUGUACGCGCGCGUCUGGCGCAGAGAAGCCACGGAGUCCCGCUGGGAGCUUUCAGGGGAGCGGCCGGUUUGGGAUCUGAUUGGAGCAGGCAAAAACCGUUUUGGCUGAUUUCUCUUCAGGGUCGCUUUUGCGCAUCUGAAGAAAACAACAACUGAGCUCAAACAAAAACAAACAGGUUUAUUUUUGUUUUCCUUUUUACUGUUGACACUUUCCUCCAAAUCCACCUUCUCGGCGCGCCUAGACAGAGAAAGGGACGGGAAACCCGCGCGGAGCUGCGCGCCUUCCCGGUGGAUGCGCAACGAUGGAUUAACAUCCUCCUCUGGAUUCCCCCGCUCCCCUCUUUCACUCCCUCCACCUCAGACGCGGGCCCCUUCUUCUCCUCAUCACCUCCGCUCUUGGAUUAUCCAAAAGUCCCACCACCUUCCUUCCACUCAUCCACUUCUCGAGAUGACCGGGGAACAUGUCCUGCGGUGCGUCCUGAUGCUCUGCUGCGCGCUCCUCUCAGCCAACGCCAGUAACUGGCUGUACCUGGCCAAGCUCUCAUCGGUGGGAAGUAUCAGGGACGAGGAAACGUGUGAAAGACUUCGAGGCCUCAUCCAAAGACAGGUUCAGAUCUGUAAGCGUAGCGUGGAGGUGAUGGAUGCAGUCCGCAGAGGCGCUCAGCUAGCUAUCGACGAGUGUCAGUUCCAGUUUCGCAACCGCCGAUGGAACUGCUCCACGCUGGAGACUCUGCCUGUGUUCAGCAAAGCCAUCACCCAGGGCACCCGGGAGGCGGCCUUUGUGUAUGCCAUCUCAGCAGCCAGUGUGGCAUUUGCGGUCACAAGGGCCUGCAGCAGUGGAGAGCUGGAAAAAUGUGGCUGUGACCACAAUGUUCAUGGAGUCAGUCCAGAGGGUUUCCAGUGGUCCGGCUGCAGUGAUAACAUUGCUUACGGAGUGGCCUUUUCUCAGUCCUUCGUUGAUGUGAGGGAGAGGAGUAAAGGAGGCCAAUCCUCCAGUCAGGCCCUCAUGAACCUGCACAACAAUGAGGCCGGGAGAAAGGCCAUCCUGUCCAACAUGCGUGUUGAGUGCAAGUGUCACGGAGUGUCUGGGUCCUGUGAGGUCAAGACUUGCUGGAAAGCCAUGCCGCCAUUUCGCAAAGUGGGCAAUGUAAUCAAGGAAAAGUUUGAUGGUGCCACCGAGGUAGAGCAGCGCAAGGUGGGCUCCACCAAACUCCUGGUGCCCCGCAAUUCCCAGUUUAAGCCGCACACAGACGAAGACCUGGUUUACCUGCAACCAAGUCCAGAUUUCUGCGACUACGACCCGCGCACGCCGGGCAUGCUGGGGACCGUGGGCCGCCAGUGUAACAGGACAUCUAAAGCCAUCGAUGGCUGCGAGCUGAUGUGCUGCGGCCGUGGCUUCCAGACACAGGAGGUGGAGGUGGUGGACAGGUGUAGCUGCAAGUUCCAUUGGUGCUGCUAUGUCAAAUGCAAAAAGUGUCGCAAAAUGGUGGAGAUCCACACAUGUCGGUGAUGCAAGUGGGGGCGCAGAGGGGACUGCUGACGGACAGAACCGACGCCUGAAGCUCCUCCCUCUAAAACUUCUUGUUCUCCUGCUUUUCAAACCAUCCUACCCUACGACAAACACUAACAGCCUGAGUUGCUAGGUGGUUGUUCCUUCCAUUUUGAAGAUCAUGGCUAUCAGUAAAUGAAACGUCAGGCUGAUCGUCGCCAGUAUGAGGACAUGUUUUACUUCCUGUCUGUCUUAUGCUCAUAUCGGGUUAGUCACUGAUGUUUUUUGUGUGUUUUUGUAAUGUUUAACUUAUUUGCUGAGACUGAGGACAAAAUUAAGGAAAGAAUGGCUAUGCAUAAACUGGACCUAUAGCUUAGCAGUUGAAGGUGGGGUUGGAUGGAGGAGCUGGGGUCAGGAGGUGGAUCGUCUGCCCUCUGUGCUUGAUGUCGCUGCUGCUGCUAUUGCUGCUUUGGGGACUCGAUUGAAGUGCUGGACGUUGAAAAAGGAGGAAAAAGAAAAACAGCUGCCAAACAUGUGGUUUUUCUGCGUACAAGACUAUGCUCCACAGAGGACCAGCACAGCUGUUUCUCCCCUACCAUGCCCUGAUGCUGCUCACUUCUCAAGCUCACAGUCCUCCUCUGCCAAGGAGGAUGAUGUUGGACAAAGCCACUGUAGGCUCUUCUUUGCCUUUUCUAAUCACACAAAUAAACACAAUUAGCGAACAACACUGUA